CGGUCAUGGCUGCCCGGCUGCUGCUGCUGACCCUGGCCCCCCUGGCCUGCACGCUGACGUCAGAGCCGGCCCCGCGUUUCCGGAAUCUGCGCCUGGAACCCAAUGAGCUGCGCCUGUCCUGGGACUCUGACAUCACUUCCGGCCCCUGGGAGGUCGCCUGCAGGAAGGGGGAGGAGUCGCCCGUGUGGGUGAGUGGGCAGGGCCUGGGAUGUCAAUCAAUGUCGCUGCCCCCAGCUGACUUCCGGGCCCGCCCCCUGACCUCCGCCCCACAGGCCCCGACAGGCCACACGUACUGCACAUUCCUGUCGCUGUCGCUGUGUCACGUGACCAACUUCUCUGUCUUCCUCCGCGGUGACCCGGGCUCCACCGCCCAGAUCCGGUUCCCUGAGUCAGACCCCGACCGAGCCUUGGCGGCCACCGACCUGCGCUGCUGGGUGCACGACGUGGACGUGAUGACAUGUCGCUGGGGGCGGGGCCCCGGGGCGCCCGAGCACGCUCAGUACCGGAUGUUCUGGCGGAAGGCAGCGCUUGGGCGGGACCAGGACCGCGAGUGCACCCACUAUGACGUCACCGACCCCUGGGGCGUGCGCCUGGGCUGCCGGGUGGAUGGCGUAGCUGCGCUGCCAACCCACGUGACCGUGUCGGUGUCCGGAGGGGGCGGGGCCUCCUGCAGUGACAUCUCAGUGGACCUGCAGCGCGUGGAGGUCCUGACGCCGCCCGAGCUGAGCGCCGCCUGCAACGGGAGCGAGGACGCGCGGCUGCGCUGGGAGAUGCGGAGCCACUUCCACCAUGGCUUCCAGUACGAGCUGCAGAUCAACAAGUCUUCUCACUUGGAGCCCGAGAUGGAGAAGACCUCCGAGAACCACUUCCGGGUCCUGAUCCCUGGCUCCGCCUCCUUCCGCAUCCGGGCGAAGCCACAGGAAUCUGCACGGUUCAGCGACUGGAGCCCUGCAGUGAGGCUGGACUGCGCCCCUGCCCGGAAGCAUGUGACCGUCAUGGCCGCCGCCCUGGGCGCCCUGGGGGCAGGGCUCACGGUGCUGGUGACGCUGCUGCUCUGCCGGAGGCACCUGAGGGCAAAGCUGUUUCCUCAGAUCCCGCGGGUGAAGGAUCCGAGGGGCGUGGCGGAAACAGAGACGGUAACCUGGUCAGCGGCACCCGAGGACCCGGAAGUAACCUUCGUGACUGAGGCCUGAGGCCCCGCCCUCCCCGGUUGUCAAUCACGCACAAUAAAGCCAGGAGGAUUCUGGGAAAACGGA